GAGGCAUCACUGACGUCACUGACGCUCCGAUGCCUGUAGAAGCGGCUGGCCCGCAAUAACAAAUUGGAUGAAGACAGAAAUAUUACUCGCAUUCAUUGAAACCAGUUCAAGAUGGCGUCCGAGGGGGAAUACGAGUCAAUUCUGUGCGUAAAACCAGAUGUCAGUGUUUACCGCAUACCACCGAGGGCGUCGAAUCGCGGAUACAGGGCGGCUGACUGGAAGCUGGACACCCCUGAUUGGACAGGUCGUUUGCGCAUAACAGCAAAGGGGAAGGUGGCUUAUAUCAAACUGGAGGACAAAGUCUCAGGUGAGCUGUUUGCUCAAGCACCGAUUACGGAAUACCCUGGCAUUGCCUUGGAGACCGUCAGCGAUUCUAGUCGCUAUUUUGUUCUCCGCAUACAGGAUGACAAUGGUCGGAGUGCGUUCAUUGGCGUUGGAUUCGGAGACAGAGGUGAUUCUUUUGACUUCAAUGUCGCCUUGCAGGAUCAUUUCAAGUGGGUUAAACAGGAGGAUGAACUUAGCAAAAGUUCUCAGUCUGCAGACUCAGGACCCAAACUGGAUCUAGGCUUCAAAGAGGGACAGACCAUCACACUGAAUAUCGGGCAAGGGAAAAAGAGAGACAAACCCCGCCCUCAGAGCUCAGGAGGCUUUGGGCUCCUCCCUCCACCUCCAGGGGGAAAGAUAGCACCUCCUCCUUCCAAUCACAACACAGAACAGCCAUCAGGAGGAGCACAGACAGGAUGUUUAUUAGAACUGGACAGCAGUAACUCUAAUACAGUGGUUCAGUCAAACCCCAGCUCUGACUUAUGGGGAGAUUUCUCCAGCUCUGCAAGCUCUGUUCCUCCUCCAGCAUCACGCCAAGACCCCUCUUCUGGGAACUGGGUCCAGUUCUGAAAAAGUUUCAUCAUCUUUCAUUCCAUUAUUGUUCCCAUUCCUUCAUCAGAACUACUGCAAUUAAAAUAUACUGGAUAAUAGUAUGGAACAUUAGUGGCAAGCUGUAUUUAAAGCUGCUAAUCUUAGGAGAGCACAGAGGUGAGAAAUAGGCUAUUUUGCGAAUUAUGUUGGUCUUAUAAAACAAAUUAGCCGAUUGAAAUGAUGAAAAGGUUUGUAUAAAAAGAGGUACAUCCCAUGGGCGUACUAUGUGAAACUUUAUGGUAAUGUUAUUUUGAAGACUAUUUCAGUAUCUUUACAUUUGUCCACAAAGUGUUGGAUGUGUCCACUUUGUUGUCAUAACUUGUAUGUGUUUGUCUUUGGUUUUGGAGGAGUGAAUAUGUGUGUGAGUGUUUAAAAAGGAAGAGAUUGAUUGAAAGUGUAGAAUUUAAAUGAGGCCUGGAUAUGUCAAGAGCUUAACAUCCUAUGUGUCAUAAGAAUAUAUAAAAUCUGUACAGUAUAAAUCUACAUAAAUAUUGGUUGAAGGCCACAAUGUAGAAAAAUUAUGUCCCUCAAAUACAGGGAUUAUGUCUAGAUAUCCAUUACAUAUCCAUAUUGUCAUUUACUUGAGUAACAGAUCGUCAUUUACGUGUUAAACAAAAAUAAAAUAUACAAAAGAAAUAUAAUACA